UUUGGUUUUAGAGACUAAUUUUUAGUCCCUCCAAUUUAUUCCACUUUAGUCACUAAAUUGUCAAAUAUGGAAACUAAAAUAGAGUUAUAAUUUCCAUAUUUUGCAAUUUAUAGACUAAAGUGGAAUAAAAUGGAGGGACUAAAAAUUAGUCCCUAGUAACCAAACACUACCUAAGGUUUCUGCAAGUCCAGCAAUGCAUGCAUGCCUUGUUAACGUUCCAAUUCAGCUGUCUUGUUAACGUUCCAAUUCUAUUUUCGUGAAAUUAAAUGACGUGCCUAGAUGUUUGGGUGUGAUAAAUCGAGUCUAAACUCUUUGUCCCUUGCAGGUGCAGUUUCUACUAGCAGCAAUAUCAUGGAUUCUGAGGUAGUGCAUGUGGUAGAGUCGUCGUUUGUAGUGCCGAGCGAGCCGACACCGUCGGAGGGGCUCUCGCUCUCUCCGCUGGACCUCGUUCUGCCCAGCAGAGGCCACACCCCAACAGUCUACCUGUACAGCCCCAGCGAUGUUGCCGCCGCCGAUGGUUUCUUCGACGUGGCCAGGCUCAAGGAGGCUAUGGCCAAGACCUUGGUGGCCUUCUACCCCCUCGCUGGCCGCCUCGGCGUCAACAACGAUGGCAGGGUAGAGAUCACCUGCACCGGCGAGGGCGCACUCUUUGUGGUCGCUCAUGCUGACCUCAGUGUUGGUGACAUCGAGGACGACUUCAGGCCGUCGCCGGAGCUGAGGAGGCUGUUUGUUCCAUGCGUUGAGCCAGCAUCCAUCAUAUUGGCCAUACAGGUGACUUUCCUCAAGUUCGGAGGUGUGGUGCUAGGGACGGCUCUCCACCACACCGCCAGCGAUGCCUCAAGCGCGUUCCACUUCUUCCAGACGUGGUCAGCCUUGUGCAAGUAUGGUGACCGCGCAACCGUGGAGCUCCCGUGCCACGACCGCACACUCCUCCGUGCACGGUCCCCGCCUACCGUCCACCCGGACGCCCUCUCGAGGUUCUACCCAAAGCUCACCUUCUCCGACGACCCGUUAGGAUCAGGACCCCUUGCCAUUGAAGUCUUUGCCAUUUCCAAGGACCAGGUCGCCUCCUUAAAGCGCCUCUGUGGCGGCACAAGCACCUUCUGCGCCAUCGGCGCCCUCGUGUGGCAGUGCGCGCUCGUUGUGCGCCGGCUUCCGCCCGACGCCGAAGCACGCCUCACCUUCCCAGCCAACGUCCGGCGCAGGGUGAGGCCACCUCUCCCGAGCCACUACUUCGGCAACGCGUUGGUCAGGCUGGGCGCCACUGGCGCAGUUCGGGAUGUUGCUUCGGAGGCUCUGGCGUCCGUGGCCGGCCGCAUCAAAGACGCUGUCGAUCGGGUGGACGACGAGCUCGUGCGGUCUGCGGUCGACUACUAUGAGAUGACCGAGAUGGACAGCCGGCCUGUGAAGGGCACCUUGCCAGAGACGGACCUACAGAUUAUUAGCUGGCUGGGCAUGCCAAUGUACGACGUGGAUUUCGGAUGGGGGAAGCCAGCGGUGAUGUCGCGGGCGGACUCCGUCCGUGGAGGCUUAGUGUACCUAACGAGCGACGGGCCAACAGGCGGCGGCGGCGUCCGCGUUCUCAUGUGCAUGGAAGCUGCAAAUAUGAAGGAGCUGGAGCGGCUGCUUUACGCAAAACUCUAGCCCCUAGAGCCUAGACCUGCUAGGUGCUUGAUGUGUGGAACACAAAACACAAUAAUAAUAGGCCGGAGAGGAUACGACUGGCUGUUUUUUUAAUUUAUCUAAAAAACUUUGUGUUUAUGAAACUCCACUACCAACCGAUCUACAUCAUACAUGUAUGACGGAGAAGAUCGAUCAAUAUCCGCCUGUUGGUGAAGUAUAAAGAGUGAGUAGUGAUUUUGAAUGGGACCAAUAAUAUAUUGUUGUUGACUUUUAUA